CACCCCGCGACCCCGGCCGAGGGUGGGAGCAGCGCGGGGUCGCAUCGGCCCGGGGCUAGCGUGGUUUGCCGCUCCGCCCGCAGCCAUGGAGCCCGGGCCGCCAGGCAGUUCCGGGCCCGCGGAGCCGGGUCCUUGCUUGAAUGGUCAGCGCGGCGCGGACCACGCGGCUUCCGCCUCCCUGCAGAGCGCGGCCCGGACCGAGCCCGGGGGCCACUCGCUCGCCGUGGCAGCCGUGUUGCCUGCCGGGGGGUGCGGGGAGAGGAUGGGUGUCCCCACCCCGAAGCAAUUCUGCCCCAUCCUGGAGAGACCGCUCAUCAGCUACACCCUACAGGCCCUGGAAAGAGUAUAUUGGAUAAAGGACAUUGUUGUGGCAGUAACUGGAGAGAACAUGGAAGUAAUGAAAAGUAUUAUUCAGAAGUAUCAGCAUAAACGCAUCUCACUGGUCGAAGCUGGAGUGACCCGCCACAGGUCAAUUUUCAGUGGACUAAAAGCACUGGCAGAAGAUCAGCUCAACUCUAAACUCUCUAAGCCAGAAGUAGUAAUUAUCCAUGAUGCUGUGAGACCAUUUGUUGAGGAAGAUGUCCUCCUUAAAGUUGUCACAGCUGCUAAGGAACAUGGGGCAGCAGGAGCCAUUCGACCUCUUGUAUCUACUGUCAUCAGUCCAUCUGCUGAUGGUUGCUUAGACCACUCGCUAGAACGUGCCAGACACAGAGCAAGUGAAAUGCCCCAAGCUUUUCUAUUUGAUGUGAUUUAUGAAGCAUAUCAGCAGUGUACUGACUAUGACUUGGAAUUUGGAACUGAGUGUUUGCAAUUGGCCCUAAAAUACUGUCGCACUAAAGCCAAACUCGUAGAAGGAUCACCAGACCUCUGGAAGGUGACCUACAAACGAGAUCUGUAUGCGGCUGAAUCGAUUAUUAAGGAGAUAAUUUCCCAAGAGAUUUGUGUAGUUAUGGAUUCAAAAGAAGAUAACAAACAUGUAGGUCAUCUUCUUGAAGAAGUGCUAAAAAGUGAAUUAAAUCAUGUAAAAGUCACAUCUGAGGCUCUCUGUCUUGCUGGCAGACAUCUUCAGCAAAUCAUCUUAGAUCAAUGCUACAAUUUUGUUUGCGUGAAUGUUAUGACUUCUGAUUUUCAAGAAACCCAGAAGUUACUGAGCAUGCUUGAAGAGAGUAAUCUUUCCAUUUUAUAUCCUGUUGUUGUUGUUUCAGUUCAUUUUCUUGAUUUUAAAUUAGUACCUCCCAGUCAGAAAAUGGAAAACCUAAUGCAGAUUAAAGAUUUUUCAAAGAAAGUAAAAGAAAGAAAUAUUUUGUUAUAUGGCCUUCUCAUAUCUUACCCACAGGAUGAACAGAAGCUACAGGAGAGUUUAAGGCAAGGUGCUAUCAUUAUUGCUUCAUUAGUCAAGGAAAGAAAUUCUGGACUCAUUGGUCAGCUUCUGAUAGCAUGAAGAAUACAGAAAAUUACCUCCUUUCUAAAACAUCUACUUGAGUAUCUUUAUUGUGCUUUAUGCUCCCGCUACUGAUAUCUUCUCUAUGUAGGAUGUGAUACUUAGAUUAUAAAGCAGAUUAACGUUUAUAUCUAUGAAAUAAUACUUUUGUGUAUGACAAAUAUUAAUUGCCUGAACCAGAAAAAAAUAGUAGAUAAGUGGAAAAUAAUAGCCUUCAAAUGAAUCUUUCCACAGAGACAUGAAAGGUCAAAUAGAAAUAAUGAUGGGUGAGCUAUUCUUUCAAGGAAUGAGAAUUUAGAAAACUUCAGCUAUUAUCCUAACUGCUAAUUAAUAAUUCACACUAUUAUGAAGCUAAUGGAUAAACUUCAGAAUUGUUCUCACUUCUGUAAUUGUCCUGUCACCAGGUGAUACUUUGUCUUUUUGUCUUGUGUUAAAAAUUUCUACACCUUAGUAAAAAAGGGUGAGGGGGAUACCAGGGAACGGAACGGUUUGCUUCUAGUGUUUUCCCCAUUUGCCACAUAUUACUCAAGAUCUCUAAAGGAGAUGUCAUCUCCUUCUUUUCUGUUUUUAAAUUGUAUGUUAUUCUUGGUUUGUGAACUAUAAUUAUGACUUACAUUAUU